AUGGUUCGCUUCUACAGAGUCUCCGCUGCGACCCUCGUCACCGCCGCCACCGUCUCCGCCAUCCCCAUCCCAUGCCUCCUUCCCUUCCUCAGCGGCGCUGGUAGCCUCCUGGGAAGCUCCGGCCUGGGUGCCAGUCUCGGUCUCGGUGGCAGUGCCAGCGGCAGCGGCAGCGCCGACUUGGGCGCCAGCCUUGGUGGUAGCGGCAGCGGUAGUGGAAGUGCUGGUGCUGGUCUCGGUGCUGACCUCGGCGCCGGUCUGAGCGGCAGCGCUGGUCUGGGUGCCCUUCUGGGCGGUGGUGCCGGUGCCAGUGCUACCGGUGCUGCGGGUGCUGGUGCUUCGGGAGCUGCCGGUCUUGGUGGCUCCGCUGGCCUGGGUGGAUCUGCUGACCUGGGCGCUGAUCUGGGUGCCGGUCUGGGUCUGGGUGGAAGUGGCAGCGCUGGUGCUGGUCUUGGUGCCAGUGCUACUGGAGCUGCGGGUGCUGGUGCCUCGGGCUCUGCUGGCCUGGGCGCUGGUCUUGGUGGAUCUGCUGGCCUCGGUGGCUCUGCUGGUCUGGGUGGUAGCGCUGGUCUCGGCGCUGGUCUGGGAGGAAGUGCCACUGGUGCUGCUGGUGCCGGUGCUUCUGGCGCUGCUGGCCUCGGUGGCUCUGCUGGCCUCGGUGGCUCUGCUGGCCUGGGUGGCAGCGCUGGCCUUGGUGCUGGUCUUGGAGGAAGUGCUACUGGCUCCGCUGGCGCUGGUGCUUCCGGUGCUGCUGGUCUCGGCGGUUCCGCCGGUCUUGGUGGCUCCGCCGGUCUGGGCGCUGGUCUCGGUGGCAGCGCUACCGGUUCUGCUGGCGCGGGUGCUUCCGGCGCUGCUGGCCUUGGUGCUGGCGCCGGCCUUGGAGGAAGUGCUACCGGUUCCCUCGGUGCCGGCGCUUCGGGUGCUGCUGGCCUUGGUGGCUCUGCCGGUCUUGGUGGUAGCGCUACCGGUGCUGCUGGCGCUGGUGCUUCCGGCGCUGCUGGUGCUGGUCUCGGUGCUGGUCUUUCCGGCUCUGGCUCUGCCGGUCUCUCUGGAUCUGGAUCUGCUGGUCUCGGUGCUGGCGCUGGUCUUGGUGCCAGCCCCAGUGGCAGCGUCGGUGCUAGCCCUAGCGCUAGUGCUGGUCUUGGUGCCGGUCUUUCUGGAUCUGGCUCCGCUGGUCUCUCUGGAUCUGGAUCUGCUGGCCUCGGUGCGGGUGCUGAUCUCGGUGCUUCCGGCGAUGCCUCGGGUGAUGUGAGCGGCAGCGGAUCCGGCUCUGCUUCUCUCGGUGCCGGAGCUUCUGGCAGCGGCGAUGACGAUACUGACGUCGGUGUUUCCCCCACCACUGCGGAAGCUCCCAGCGCCACCACCACUUGGGUCAGUGCCUCCACCAGCGUCUCUCUCGGUCCUUACGGCGGCGCCAGCGGCAGCAUCACGGCUGGAGGAUCCACGGGCGGCGACGACAGCGACGAUUCCGAUGCCGGAGCUGAUGCCGAUGCAGAUGCGGAUGCUAGCGCGGAUGCCGAUGCCUCUGCCAGCGGUAGCGGAAAUGCUGAUGCCAACGCUAGUGCUGGGGCCUCCGUUAGUGGUAGCGCUGAGGCCUCUGCUAGCGCUAAUGCGAAGGCUUCUGCGUCCUUGAACUUCUCUGCUUAA